AUGCUGAGCCUAGGGUGGGUAGCACUCAGGGCGGCUGUCAAAACGGUUGCCUUCAUUGCAGCGGUGCUGUUAGUAUGUGGCGCUGACGCUAUAGACACCCCUUGUGACGGAGGGCACAGAUGUAAAAAUGGCGCCACAUGCAUCAAAGUGAGCCGAGGCGGCAUUGAACAAAACGUGUGUAUCUGCAAACCGCAGUACACCGGAUGGGACUGCUCCGUCGAACUUGACUACUGCAAGACGCACUGCAGGUCCUACAGAAAGAACGUAAACUGCCAACAGGCACUCUGCAACCAAGGUAACUGCAUAAGUCGGACGGAGUACCCCUUUUAUUCGUGCGACUGCGGAGCAUUCUACACGGGCGCCAACUGCGAAGUAGAGUACAAUCCAUGCAGCCAGCCAGCCACAAACCCGUGUGACCACGGGGUAUGCACUUUCGUCAGAGGGACCAACCAAGUCAUGUGUCAGUGCAAACCAGGAUGGGCUCCCAACCCAAACCAACAAGUCAUGAAGCUGAGCUGGAACGGCGCUGAUAUUUUCGUUGCGCCACCGUGCAGCGGUAAGACACGUCGCGGUAACCCAUGCAUGCUGUGCAGAGCCGAGGCGAAAGCGAUGUGGCACUUUGUGUUCCUGCUUUCACUAGGAAUUCUGCUGUGGAGACUGGUCUCCGGCGUUUACGUUUCAAUCGCAUACAGGAAUGCAAAUACCACGCAGUAG